UUAGGUUAUACAGAAAAUGAGUUCACCAUCAGAGUGCUGGAGCAAAAUAAUGUUUCUCUUAAGGAACAGACAGAAAGUGGCAGGUCUGUAGCUGCAAGCAGAAAAGCAUUAGGAAGGGGUCAAAAUGUCCCUGAAAGUUACCAAACUUAUACAUAAAAGCAUUAUUUCAGUCGAUUCUACACUCCUGUUGGUCCAAAGACGUCUUCGGUCCAUUUCUGACUAAACUUCACCUCCAAAUACGGCCGUUCUUUUAGGGAUUUCGGGGAGAGGCAGGACCUCAAGGGAGCAGAGGACAAACAGGAUACAAGGGGAAUAAAGGAGCUCGGGGCUUUGCAGGGAUUCCUGGCUACUCGGGGGUGCACGGAGCAAGAGGUCCUCGUGGUUUUCCAGGACCAUCAGGACCAACGGGCGAGAUUGGCUCUCCUGGUUUCACGGGUCCACCAGGCCCUCCUGGCAAACUGGGCCCCCUGGGGGUAAAGGGGCUUUUGGGAAUUAAAGGGCCUCCAGUAAGUGAAGGACUAGUUCAAAAAUGCAAUCAAUGCUUAAGAGAAAUGGUAACUAAAUGUGAUGCUGCCAGGGUCAUCAGGGGCCAUCGGGGGUCAGAGGAGCCACUGGACCACAGGUGAGGGGACAAUGACCUGCUUUCUCUUGAGUCACUGAUCGACUGUUUGACCUAAAACAAACAACUGCAUAUCAUAUUUUUGAAUCAUUUGAUGCAUGAUUAUGUUGUGUGUGUGUUUUUGUCAUUUUUUGUCUUUCUUUUUAAAAUUGGAAAAUGUAUUUUUGUUUAGCACUUUGAGUUAUGUCAGUCAGAAAAGUGCUCUACAAUAAUAAUUUGAUUUGAUUUUCUUUUUCAUUUGAUUUGCUUUGAUUGCUCAGGGGGAGCGUGGUCCCCGUGGAGCUUUGGGGUUUCCUGGUGUCCUCGGCCCUCAGGGUGAUCCUGGACAACAGGGAUCAAAAGGUCCCAAAGGCGAUCCUGGGGAAAUGGGCGAUGAAGGUGAAAUUGGAGAGCCUGGUCCUCCUGGUUUAAAUGGGGUCAUUGGAAACCCUGGAAAGCCUGGACCCUCAGGUGAUCCCGGAGCCACAGCCAGACGAGGGGAGAACGGCGACCCAGGGUUUAAGGGGGACCAGGGACUGCCAGGUCCUCCAGGAACACAGGGACCUAAGGGGCGUCCAGGGCCAACCGGGUUGCAGGGACUGGCAGCGCCAAAGGGGCCACCAGGACUUCCAGGACCCACUGGAUUUGACGGCACCAUGGGGGAGCAAGGAAAGCAGGGAGACAAAGGACCAAAGGGAGGUCAAGGACCAACUGGUGUCGGAGGAAAUCCUGGCCCUCGAGGUGACAAGGGUCGAGAAGGUAGAGAAGGAUUUUCUGGACUGCCUGGUCCCAUUGGAGAGAGCGGGAAAUCAGGAGAGGCGGGGCUUGAAGGAGAAUGUGGUACUAAGGGUUUGGCCGGCCACCCAGGAGUAACAGGAUUCAAAGGCUCUAAGGGACUUCAAGGCAAUGUAGGCAGAAGGGGGCAGGAAGGCACUCUGGGAGACCAGGGAUCUAUCGGUAAAAACGGACUGAAGGGGGAGCCUGGAUUACCAGGAUCAAAAGGAUAUCCUGGAAAACUGGGAUCUCCAGGAAUCCAAGGGCCUGUAGGAAUGAAUGGAGCAUCUGGUGGUAGAGGAAUGCAGGGAAGACGAGGAGAGCCAGGAGACAAAGGGGCUGAAGGUAAACGUGGCAUACAUGGACUGGAGGGAAAUAAAGGCUCAAAGGGUAAAAGGGGUAAAAGAGGACCAAAAGGAAAACAAGGCUCCCCAGGUGAGAUGGGCUCACCUGGACCGAAAGGAUACAGAGGACCUCCUGGUGUACAGGGUGCUAUUGGACCGUGGGGUGAGAUUGGGCCAACUGGUCCUCCAGGAGACGGAGGGCCAAGAGGUCCAGCCGGUCCUCCGGGUGUUACAGGCUAUCUCGGUGAAGAUGGAAUGAAAGGACUGACUGGAGCUGUUGGUGUUGAAGGCGAUAAGGGAUCCAGAGGAGCGCCGGGGCUGGGGGGAGUUCCCGGUCCCAGUGGAGGGCAGGGUCCAACUGGACUGAAAGGACUUGAGGGGCCUUUUGGCCAAAAAGGCUCAUCUGGUGAUAAAGGGAAUCCUGGAGCCCCUGGGAGAAAAGGACCAAAUGGAGACGCAGGCAGAAGAGGUAACCCCGGGCCACAAGGACCAAAAGGGCCACCAGGGGAACAGGGAAACAGGGGAGCACCUGGAGACAGAGGACAGCAAGGGCCUUCAGGGUUAAAGGGGGACCCAGGAUCCGGGUACUUUUUGGGAAAACCUGGACCAUUUGGACCGGGAGGAAACACCGGGCCUUCAGGCGCCAAAGGCCAGAAGGGCAUGCAGGGGCACAUGGGUCCUCCUGGUAGGCUAGGCCCCCAGGGAGAAGCUGGACCGUCAUCAUCUGGUUUGCCAGGCAAAGCUGGGGAUGAAGGCAAACCAGGAAAGCCUGGAAUAAAGGGCAUUAAGGGUCUGAAAGGCAUAGCUGGUCCUCCAGGCAUGAAAGGAGACACGGGCAUAAGAGGUCCCCAAGGUGCAAAGGGGGAGCCUGGUGCUCAAAGUCCUGGGGGCCCAGUGGGGACACUUGGGCCCAGUGGGCCUUCUGGUGUCAAAGGUCAGCCUGGACCCACAGGCCCUCCUGGUUCUCCUGGAAGAAAGGGAGGUCCAGGUCAGAAAGGAAAAAGAGGCCAACCAGGAAGAAAAGGAACCAAAGGAACGGCAGGGAAAGAUGGAGCUGAAGGUCGACCUGGAAGACCAGGACCUCCUGGAAUACCUGGAAAACCUGGCCUGAAUGGUCUUGAUGGCUUGCUGGGGGUAGAAGGCAAUGAAGGGGAUCCUGGUGACCUUGGCCUUAGAGGAGCUCCUGGAACUCCAGGCACGCCUGGGCUGAUGGGAGAGUCUGGACCCCCUGGGAUGAGAGGAAACUCUGGAGUAACAGGGUUGAAGGGGAACACGGGUCCAAACGGAACAGCAGGGCUACAAGGACCAAUGGGGCCAAAAGGUCUUCCUGGAUUGAAAGGAGUAAAGGGUGACCUUGGAGCCGUUGGAGCAAAGGGUUUUUCAGGUGACGGUGGGAUUCCAGGCCCCACAGGUCCAGCUGGGACUAGGGGAAAUCCUGGUUUGCAAGGACUAAAAGGUGAAGCGGGUCAAAAAGGGAAGCGGGGGAAUGAGGGCACUCCGGGUCCACAGGGGGCGCCAGGCUCCAGUGGAAACCCUGGCCAUCUUGGAAUAAAGGGAAUGAAAGGGUACCAGGGCAGUAGAGGACCAAAGGGAAUUAAGGGCAAACGUGGAUCUCCAGGGCUUCCAGGAGAACCUGGCAAACCGAGGCUAAUCCAGCGACAAGGGCCAGGCUCUGAUUCAGGCCUGGAACCCUUUCCAGGUUUUGUGCUGAAAGCUGCUCUGAAUUCCACAACAACGUCUAGCAUCCAGAAGCAAAGCAAAAGACAAGAUAUUUCUCCACAGUUGCACAGGCGAAUGACCAAGAGAUGGUCUGCAAGUAAUCAAACUGAAGAUUCACUCAGCCGGAAGCUGGGAUCUAGAGACAAUCCAGGAACGACCUGUUACCAGCUGAAACUCCAACAUCCACACCUCAGUGAUGGCUACUUUUACGUGGAUCCCAACCAAGGCUGCCCGUGCGAUGCUGUCAGGGUGUUCUGUAACUUCACUGCAGGAGGAUCAACAUGCAUAGAGCCUCGGCCUGCACAGGUUUUGCUAACGUGGAAAGAGGAAAAUCUGAAAUCCGGAAAUGUACUCCAAUGGUUCACUCAGCAGCGUGAUGGACACCAAAUUUUGUACACGGUUGUGGACGCUGUCCAGCUGAGGUUUCUGCGGCUCCACAGCCACACGUCUCUGCAGGACGUUGUGCUCCGCUGUCCAGCCAACAAGUCCAGCAGCGUCGCUGCAGAAAACUGGAACGUCCGCCUACGGGGAGACUCUGGCAAAGAGUUCGAUUCCCAUCUCACUGUAGUGACCAGACAAGUCUGUGAGAUCCAUGUGAGCUUAAACGUUCAGGCCAGCUCAGCGUUGGAUGGAGGUGAUGUGGAGUUACUUCCAGUUAGAGAUGUGGGAGCAGAGAUGACGAGUGAAGCCAGAGCCGCCUCUGAGAUGGACGUGUUUCUUGGACCGUUGUGUUUCUUGUGAGCAAUAAAGUUUGUGGAAGUGCUUGUGAUGCGUGUGAGGAAGCUUUCCUUCACUGCAUGCUGGCUGUUAUAUUUCUACAGAGUGUUGUGUUUUUGUUUUCUUUUAUAUUUAUGAAACGUGUAAAAUAGUUGGAUUUGAUCAUGUUAACUUUUUCAAAAACAUGUUUGAGGACAAAAUUCAAGAACUCGUUUUUAAACUUGGAUGAAUUGUGUGAUCUAGUGAUCCCCAUAACAGGAUUGUUGGUGGAAGCCAAAAAAAUGUAAAAAAUGUGAAGAAAGAAAAAUAUAUAUAUAUAGAUAUAUAGAGAACUAUGAAAAAAGUUGAAGUUGUUUUUUGAAGAUUUCUUUUUGUUGUUUUUGUCAUUUCAUUGGGUGUUUUUGGAUCUCAUUCAAUACAUCUUUAUAUAUAUUUCUAAAUAAUGAGUACUCUGCAGAAGUUUGUGUGUCCCAGAUAUUCAUUAAAGUUUUAUACAUAA